AUGGCUUCGGGAGCCUUUUUCGACCCCUUGGUGGCGUUGCGGGCGCUGCCUCUCGUCUCAUCGACGUGCACCCUGCUCUUUGGCUGGGACCAAACAUUCUUCCUGGGCAUCAUGAACCGACCCGAGAACCGGGCCAAAAGCAAACCCCUGCUGCAGUCGUACUUUAACACCUUUUUUUACCGCGGUCUGCCCUUUGUGGUUGGCGCCAUUGGCGUAUCGACCUGGAGCGGCGUCGGCAACCUUUUCGCACAGCGUUCCGUGCUGCAAUCUCGCCAGUCGUUUUGGUGGUACGCUGCUGGGACAAUCGCCGCCGCAAGUCAUUUGCUAUUCGUGCCGCUGAUUGCGCCCAGUGUCAGAGACAUGAUGGACGGGAAGGAGCAGACGGAUGCCAACGACUGCCUGGAUGAGUGGCUCCGUGUGAAUAAUGUUCGGACUUUGACUGUCGACUUGCUGGCGUGGGGGGCAUUCAUGGUGGCGGCGGGAAAGACUCUAUGUCAUUAG